AUGUGUGACUUAGGAGCUAGCAUCAAUCUAAUGCCCUAUUCUCUGAUGAAAAGGUUAUGCAUAGAGGAGGUAAAGCCCAUACAGGUGUCACUAGAGCUAGUGGACAAGUCUGUGGUGUUUCCCAAAGGUGUGAUUGAAAACCUUUUGGUUAAAGUGGAUAAGUUUAUAUUCCCUGCAGACUUUGUGAUUCUGGACCUAGAUGAGGAAGGAAGUGAUUUCAUCAUACUAGGAAGACCAUUUUUGGCUACAGCAAGGGCUAUUAUAGAUGUGGAACAAGGGGAAUUGACCCUGAGAAUGCAUGAUGAAAGUAUUACUCUAAAUGUCUUUCCAGAAAUACAGCACUAUGAUGAAAAGAAAGAAUGCAUGGAGAUCAACAGAGAAGACUUGCAGUGA